UUCCUGAAACAAUAGAAAAAGGAGAGCACCUUUUGUUUCCAGAUUUUGGUAGAAGAGACCAAAAAAAAAGAAGCAAAAACUUAACUCCGGAUGUCGGCACGUUUCGACGAGAAGGGACACUUGAGCUGAGCAAAUCGAGCUCUGGCAUUUUCAGCGGUGGUUUCCCGUAGACGGCAUGGGAGUGCCGAACGACGACGUCGUUUUGAUCCAGAAAGGAAAGAAGCCAGGAGAGCCUCACGUAAUCACUGUUAAUUGUCCUGAUAAGCAUGGCCUCGGAUGCGAUAUUUGCCGUAUAAUUCUUGAUUUCGGUCUUUAUAUCACCAAAGGAGAUGUUUCAACGGAUGGAAUUUGGUGCUAUAUGGUAUUUUGGCUGGUUCCUCAUUCGAGCUCAAUUUUUGUAAGGUGGCCGAGUUUGAAGAACCGCCUUCAGUCCAUAUGUCCCUCUUGUUCGGUGACAUUUUUCUUGAAUGAUCAAACUUCACACUCUGCGGCUUCUCCGGUUUACUUGUUGAAGUUCUUUUGCCUUGAUCGGAAAGGAUUGUUACAUGAUGUUACACAGGUUCUCUGCGAGCUCGAGCUAACAAUUCAAAAGGUGAAAGUCACGACGACCCCUGAUGGCAGAGUUCUCGACCUCUUCUUUAUAACAGAUAACAUGGAGCUUUUACAUACGAAAGAACGACAAGAUGACACAUAUAAGCAAUUAAAUGCUGUGUUGGGUGAAUCUUGUAUCAGUUGUGAACUCAAGUUGGCUGGUCCUGAGUAUGAAUGUCAUCAUGGUCUCUCGUCUCUUUCUCCUACUGUAGCAGAAGAGUUAUUUCGUUCUGAACUAUCAGACAAAGAGACUCGUUCACAAGCUCUUAGCCCAGAUAUGACAAAGUUGAAGAAAGCAAAUGUAGUGGUAGACAAUUCAUUGAGCCCAGCUCAUACAUUGCUCCAAUUACAUUGCGUUGAUCACAAAGGUCUUUUCUACGAUGUAUUGAGAACUUUGAAAGACUGCAAUAUCAAGAUAGCUUAUGGCCGGUUCUCACCCAAUUUCAAUGGCAAUCGUGAUAUAGACCUAUUUAUUCUGCAAAAGGAUAGGAAAAAGAUUGUUGAUCCUGAUAAGCAAAAUGGAUUAUGUUCUCGUCUGAAGGUGGAAAUGCUUCACCCAUUACGUGUCAUCAUUUCAAACCGGGGCCCAGAUACUGAGCUUCUGGUUGCUAAUCCAGUUGAAUUAUCUGGAAAGGGAAGACCGCGGGUUUUCUAUGAUGUUACACUGGCUCUAAAGGCUCUUGGGAUUUGCAUAUUCUCGGCUGAAAUUGGAAGACAUUCAAGUUCAGAUCGUGAAUGGGAAGUCUACAGAUUUCUUUUGGACGAGAACUGCAGAUUCCUGUUAUCAAGUAUGGUAGCUAGAAAUCAGAUUGUAGAUAGAGUUAGAAGAAUGCUGAUGGGUUGGUGAGUGGAGUCAUCUUCCUUGUGCCUGGAAUAUGAGUCCCGCCCUCACUGAAUGCUCUUUCUCCUGCUUUCACUCUUGGGUGCAAUGCACUAAUUCCCCAACUAUAUCUUGAUGCAUUUGGCUUGUAUUCUCAAAUAAUCUCUCCUUUAAUAACCUAUGUUGAGCAUAUGUCUGUUCAAUUAUGAUUGCUCUUUAUCUGUUGUAGAGAAGAAUGUCCAAGACUUGCCAAUCUGAUGUAGAGCAUGUUCAUCCUGUCCGUUCUGGGUUUACCAAACCAAGGAUGGAUUUGUUAGAGAAAGGGUUGCCAUUGUUUGCUCUUCUUAUGCCACGCUGCAUUUUCAGCUGUAAAUUUGUAGGGAAAUCAGAUUGUAUUAGCUUGUAUGAAUUUGUUUUAAGAAUGAAUAAACAUUAAUAAAAGCCUUAAAUCUUCUUUUUAA